CUCUCUACUGGAAAGAACAAAAAAGGUGUUAAUCAUGGCUGCUCUUAGAAGGACAAGUUUGUUAUUGAAAAAUGUUUUAUGUAAUUCUCGCACCAGAAGUGUGAAUCCUAUUAGAAGUAUUGGAGAAAUAUGGGUUGAUGGAAGCUGCAUCAAUCCUGCACUAGGAUUAACAGAUGAACAAAAACAGAUACAGAAAGUUGCAACAGACUUCGCUAAAAAUGAGUUAUAUCCUAAUAUGGCAAAAUGGGAUGAACAGGAAAUAUUCCCAAUAGAUACAAUGAAGAAGGCUGCUGAACUCGGAUUUGGAGCUAUUUACUGUAAAGAAGAAAAUGGUGGAACAGGGUUAGGGCGUAUGGAUGCAUCAGUGAUAUUUGAGGCCUUGUCACAGGGAUGUGCCAGCACCACAGCUUACAUAAGCAUUCAUAAUAUGUGUGCCUGGAUGAUUGAUGAAUUUGGCAACAAAGAACUCCAACAAAAAUGGAUCCCAGAGUUGGGUUCUAUGGACAAGCUUGCUUCCUACUGUUUGACAGAACCAAAUCAUGGCAGUGAUGCAGCAAACCUCAGCACCACAGCUAAACGUCAGGGAGAUAAAUUAAUACUGAAUGGAUCAAAGGCAUUCAUCAGUGGAGGAGGGGACACAGAUGUUUAUAUAGUCAUGUGUAGAACAGGGGAGCAGGGCCCUAAAGGAAUCUCCUGUCUGCUGGUAGAAAAGGGAUCUCCUGGGUUAGCCUUCGGCAAGAAAGAGAAAAAGGUUGGCUGGAACUCUCAACCUACCCGAGCCGUUAUUUUUGAGGAUUGUGAGGUACCUGCUUCAAAUCUGAUAGGGGAACUUGGGGAUGGUUUUAAGAUUGCCAUGAGAGGUUUGAAUGGAGGAAGGAUUAACAUAGCUUCGUGCUCAUUAGGGGCAGCACAAUCUAGUCUUGAACUUGCCAGGGAUCAUCUCAAAGUCAGAAAACAGUUUGGAAAGACAUUGGACAGUUUCCAGCAUCUCCAAUUCACAUUGGCAGAAAUGGCCACUAAACUUGUAACCUCAAGAAACAUAGUCAGAAUGGCUGCCAAAGCCCUGGAUGAGGACUGGCCUGAAAAAGUGUCCCUGUGCUCUAUGGCCAAAUAUUUUGCUACAGAAGAAUGUUCAAAAAUUUGUAAUGAAGCUUUACAACUCCAUGGUGGCUAUGGUUAUCUGAAAGACUAUGCUAUACAACAGUAUGUCAGGGACAUUAGGGUACACCAGAUCCUGGAAGGAACAAAUGAAAUAAUGAGACUUUUGAUAUCCAGGGACUUACUGACAGAUGGAGAAAGAAAAUAUUCUUGAUAGUAUUGUAGUAACCUGCUCUUUUAUUUGACAUAAAAAUGUGACCUGUCCAUUUCCAUGUAAUUUCUUGUGAUGAGAUUUUAUGUUACGAAUCACAACAACACAGAAUACAUAGUAUAUACCUGAGUAUUUUGUUGCUCUGCAUAAUAUAUAGUGUGAUACAUUUCCUGGGUAAUUAAAACUCAUUUUGAAUGAUCUUUUGGUAGGAAACUGCAAAAAAUACACUGAUGGGUUGUAUAACAGCAUGUAUGAAAAGAUCAACAUCAUUUUUUACUUAUAAACUAGGUACAUGUAAAUGCAUUUAUUUCUUCCUGACUGUUGAAUUCUAACUUUUACUCUCUGUGUGAUGUGCUGCUUCUUGCCAAUUUUUAAUGGGAUUAUCAACUUUUGGCAGAUGAUUUUUUGGAGAAAUGGAAUUAAAUUUGUUUUCUUAUCUUAAGAAUCAAAUAUACAGUUACUUUAAAAAUUUGAUAUCUCAAAAAUAACAGGACUGUUAAAAAACUUUGUGAUAUACCAGAUUUCGAAAUUGAAACUGGACUCACUUUGAUGUAUCUUUUGUAUUCAUGCAGAACUGUGAUGUUUGAGAUAUCAGAGUUCUAUGAAAUAAAGUUCACUGGAAGGGUAUCAACAUGUUUCCUAUUUUAACUCAUGGGAAUUAAUAAGAAAUGGCAUUUAAAUUAAAAGUGAAUAUUAAUAAGUUACAUUCUGCACAUUUUGAUUCCACCAAUCUGAAAAUUAUUGGUUAAUUAUUAACUUUUUCAGACUUAGAAACUAAGGAUCCAUGCAGAGCUGAUAUAUGUGAUAUUGAUUACAUUUCUACUGUAAAGUAAUUUUAAAAUCUACUUGCGAGUUUUGCAGACUUGCUUUAUUUUCUAGUACAUCUAUGUGGAGAAAAAUUUCUUCAUAUGAAACAAGAAAUUUUAAAACUAGUUUUUUUUUUAAAUAUUAUACAAGAUGACUGUGAUAUGUACAUGCAUAAUAUGAAUAUAAAGUAAAAAAAAAGAGA